AUGUUAACACGUACAAUUGGUAGAAGAGUUUUACUCAGACAUUAUGCUUUAUCAUCAAAAGCUCAAUCAUUGAUAUCUAAAUCAGUUUCUGAAGUUGAUCCUGAAAUGGCAGAAAUUUUAAAUCAAGAAAAAGUUAGACAAAAAUCUUCAAUUACAUUAAUACCUUCCGAAAAUUUUACAUCAAAAGCUGUUAUGGAUUUAUUGGGUUCUGAAAUGCAAAAUAAAUACUCUGAAGGUUAUCCAGGUGAAAGAUAUUACGGUGGUAACGAAAUAAUUGACAAAGCUGAAUCACUAUGUCAAAAAAGAGCUUUAGAAGCUUUUAAUUUGGAUCCAAAUGAAUGGGGAGUCAAUGUCCAACCAUUAUCAGGAGCACCAGCUAAUUUAUAUGCUUAUUCAGCUAUAUUAGAAGUUGGUGAUAGAAUUAUGGGUUUAGAUUUACCUCAUGGAGGACAUUUGAGUCAUGGUUAUCAAACUCAAACAACUAAAAUAUCAUAUAUCUCAAAAUAUUUUCAAACUAUGCCUUAUAGAUUGAAUGAAGACACUGGUUUAAUCGAUUAUGAUACAUUAGAAAAAAAUGCUGAAUUAUUUAGACCAAAAGUAAUUGUUGCUGGAGCUUCAGCAUAUUCAAGGGUUAUUGAUUAUAAAAGAAUGAAAAAAAUUGCUGAUAAAGUUGGUGCUUACUUAUUAUCAGAUAUGGCACAUAUAUCAGGUUUAGUUUCUGCAAAUGUCACAGAUUCACCAUUUCCAUAUUCUGAUAUUGUUACAACUACAACACACAAAUCUUUAAGAGGACCAAGAGGUGCUAUGAUUUUUUUUAGAAAAGGUAUUAGAAAAGUUACUAAAAAAGGUAAAGAAAUUCCAUAUGAAUUAGAAAGGAAAAUAAAUUUUUCAGUAUUUCCUGGCCAUCAAGGAGGUCCACAUAAUCAUACUAUUAGUGCUUUAGCUGUUGCAUUAAAACAAUGUCAAGAACCAGAAUAUAAAAAAUAUCAACAAGAUGUUAUAGAUAAUGCAAAAGAAUUUGCAAAAGCUUUAGAAGGAAAAGGUUUCAAAUUAGUUUCAGGCGGUACUGAUACUCAUUUGAUUUUAGUUGAUUUAAGAUCAAGAAAUAUUGACGGUGCAAGAGUUGAAGCUGUUUUAGAAAGAAUUAGUAUAGCUGCAAAUAAAAAUACAGUUCCUGGUGAUAAAUCAGCUUUAUUUCCAUCUGGUUUAAGAGUCGGUACUCCAGCAAUGACAACAAGAGGUUUUGGUUUCGAAGAAUUUGAAAAAGUUGCAGAAUAUUUCGAUAAUGCUGUUGAAUUAUCAAUUGAAUUAAAACAACAAGAACAAGGUAAAGUAGCAAAAGAAUUAUUAGCUUCAUUCAAACAAUUAGCUGAUGAGAGUGAUAAAGUUAAACAAUUAGGUAAAGAAGUGGCUCAAUGGGUUUCUAAAUAUCCAGUACCUGGUGAAUUAUAA